UCACGAGAUUUCCUUAGAACCAGUGGCAGGCUGUUGGAGCUUGUGGCGGAGCCGGGAAGGACUGUCGCGGCAAAUUCUGUCUACAAAACAUUAUUUUCGGGCUUUGUAAUUGGCCGCAGCCACAGCAGCUAUGGAUACAUCACGGUCCUUCUAUUUUUAUCACUGACUUGCUGUUCUUACCAAAUAUUUGGCUCCGUUAAAAGCACAAGACAGAGCUCGAAGGGGGUGUCCUUAUCGUAUUCGACUACCACUACCAGGCAGAGUCGCCGCUGGAGUGCCUAAAGAGAGAGAGAGAGACAGGGAGAGAGGGAGAGAGAGACAGGGAGGGAGAGAGAGAGAGAGAGAAGUGGAGAAAGAGAGUGUGAGACAGGAAACGAGAGGCAGAGGAAGGUUGAGUAAAGACAGAGUAGGGGGAAACCAGAAGUGGAGAGGAAAGGAGGCAGACCAAAGGAGAGUGAGGUACUGAGAAGAAAGUAGCAGAGAAAGAGUGAGUCUAGAGGGUUUGUGUAAACGAGAGAGAGGGAGAGAGAGAGAGAGAGGGAAGGAGGGAUAGAGAGAAUCCAGAGGCUGACGGGCCGAGUUCGGAGAGACAAUCGGGUGUGUGUUUGUGAGGAAGAGGAAGGGACCGGAAGGUCAGGACUGCUGACCCAACCCCCUGGGUCCGGGCGGACGAUUGAGUCAGAGCCACGAUGAGCGACCUGAACGUUGUCAAGGAAGGCUGGGUUCAAAAGAGAGGUGAGUACAUAAAGAAUUGGAGGCCACGCUACUUCCUGCUGAAGACGGACGGCUCCUUUAUUGGCUACAAGGACAAACCACAAGAUGCUGACCUGGCUUAUCCCCUCAACAACUUCUCCGUAGCAAAAUGCCAGCUGAUGAAGACGGAGAGGCCCAAGCCCAACACGUUCAUCAUCCGCUGUUUGCAGUGGACCACUGUCAUUGAGAGAACCUUCCACGUGGACACGCCCAAUGAGAGGGACGAGUGGGCGGAGGCCAUCCAGACUGUGGCCGACUCCCUGGCCAGCCAGGAGGAGGAGGGGCUCAUCUGCUGCCCCACGUCGCAGAUUGAGAACGAGGUCAACGAGGAGGAGAUGGACACCUCCACCAGCCACCACAAACGGAAGACAAUGAAUGACUUUGACUAUCUGAAACUACUGGGCAAGGGCACUUUCGGGAAAGUCAUUUUGGUCAAGGAGAAGGCGAGCGGAACGUAUUAUGCCAUGAAGAUCCUGAAGAAAGAAGUCAUCAUCGCCAAGGAUGAAGUCGCUCAUACACUCACAGAAAGCAGAGUUUUAAAAAACACCCGACAUCCGUUCCUAACUUCUCUGAAGUAUUCCUUUCAGACCAAGGACCGGUUGUGCUUCGUCAUGGAGUAUGUGAAUGGAGGAGAGCUAUUUUUUCAUUUGUCACGAGAGCGAGUGUUCUCUGAGGACCGCACACGUUUCUAUGGCGCCGAGAUCGUCUCAGCUUUAGACUACCUGCACUCUGCCAAGAUAGUGUACCGCGAUCUUAAGCUGGAAAACCUGAUGCUGGAUAAAGACGGCCACGUCAAAAUCACAGACUUUGGCCUCUGCAAAGAAGGCAUCACCGACGCGGCAACCAUGAAGACCUUCUGUGGCACGCCGGAGUACCUGGCACCAGAGGUUCUGGAGGACAAUGAUUAUGGCCGGGCGGUGGACUGGUGGGGUCUGGGUGUGGUCAUGUAUGAGAUGAUGUGUGGCCGGCUGCCCUUCUACAACCAGGACCAUGAGAAGCUGUUUGAGCUCAUUCUCAUGGAGGAGAUUAAGUUCCCACGCACGCUCUCCUCCGACGCCAAGUCCCUGCUUUCCGGCCUGCUCAUCAAGGACCCUAACAAACGGCUCGGCGGCGGGCCAGAUGACGCCAAGGAGAUCAUGCGCCACAGCUUCUUCGUGGCGGUAGAUUGGCAAGACGUCUACGACAAGAAGUUGGUCCCGCCCUUCAUGCCCCAGGUCUCCUCGGAGACUGACACCCGGUAUUUUGACGAGGAGUUCACGGCACAGACGAUCACCAUCACUCCACCGGAAAAAUUUGAUGAGGAUGGAAUGAGCGAGAGUGACAGCGAACGGAGGCCUCAUUUCCCACAAUUCUCGUAUUCGGCCAGCGGACGAGAGUGAAGGUCAUCGCCAGCCAGCCAGCCAGUACCCCCCCCACCCCACCCACGCCACACGGCCGUUUCGAGGAAAACACGUAGCCAUUUUAGGAAAAGUCUCCCCUCUCUCCUCCUUUGUACUCAUGUGCAGACUGGGAGAAGUCGUCUUUUUAGGGACUAUAAAAGGGGUUUUGCACAGUGGGAUAGACUCAAACGGUCUCCCCACACUAAAAGAAAAAGUCUCCUACAUUUUCCACGCUAUUUACUGCAGAAGGCAAUGUUUUUGUUAUUUAUUUUUAUCUGUCAGUAUUAAGUUGUCGAACUGUUAAAGUUUUUUGUCUUAUUUUUUUUUCUUUUACUUUUUUGCACUUGGUUUGAAAGAGCCGUUAUAGGGAACAAAAACCAAAAAUGUUGCCUUAUGUGUGCAGAUGUUUCGUAUCAUACAGACAGGGUUUGGGUCGGGGGGUAUUCUAAGUGUGUACAAGUGCAUGGCUUGUGGUUCAUUCUGAUAGUUAUACUUUUUUUUGCAGUUACAAUGCCAUGGUGGCUCACAUUCCCCAAUCCCAUGGCAACAAGAAUCACUGUCUACAGAAAACACAACCCUAAAUAGACAGAACGAACAGUUUGUUUCAUUUCAUCGUCGCAGUAUUAUUAUUUUUUUUCUUCAUUCUUUUCAUUAUCAGCCAGAGAUUUCUACUUGGUCAUUGUUUUAAAUAAACUAAACUGCCAGAUACUGCAAGGUUCACUCAGGCAACAUGGAGCACAACUACAUUCAACUCAGCUACCGGUUUAGCUUUACAAACCCAUCAGGGAAAAGCUACAAGGAGAUAUAAAGCCUUUUUUGCAUCUUUUUCCACAGUCAUUUGAUUAACUUAUUUUCAUAGCUGUAGAAAAAAAAAAAAAAUAGUUGUAUGGAUGUUUACACAAGGGACGUGACUCAUACAGGUCCACCUUAUGCUGUUAUAACACUAACGCGCACACACACACACACUAUGUAACAUCCGAGCCAGCUCUGAGGUCUGCCAGUAUGGCUUGUGACAUACCUGUCAAAAGAAAUCUACCCAUCAAUCCCAUUCUCCCACAUCCUCGGCCCUCUUCCCAGAGCCACGAGGUGGUGGGAGGAAGACCUCAAUAAUCACUAAUCAUGUCUGGUCACAGAUGACGUGAAACUGAGCCAUGAAUAUACUCGUGUAUGAUAUGACGAGGACCGUGUGAGAAUGAGAGCGUGGGAAAAAGGAAAGCCGUUCCCCCCACCUUUUGUGAUGUAAAUAUGCAAUGCCUUUUUUUGGGGGGGUGGGGGGGGGGGUUUAGUGGUAUCUUGGCCAGACAACUUUUGUGUGUGACUGUACUUCAAGCUUGCUGACGAGAACCAAGGCCAGAAUUAUGAUUUUUUUUUUCUUGGGGGGAGAGGGAGGGACAACACAGACUGACUGGGCACUCCUGUUUCUUUUUUUGUGGCUGACGUCAUCGUCGCUUCAUCCCGUCUGUCCAGAGGCUUUCCAUGGAGACGAGAGGACUGUUGAUCGACACCCAUCCUAGCUCGCGUGACUUGGGGAUUAAUCUUAGUAUGGAGUAUGCACUGUAACAUUUCCUUUUUCCCCUUUAAGUGGGACCAUGGUUACAUCAGGUUGUUACCGGUCCCCCAACCCCCCCCCCCCCUUUUUUUUUUUUUUGUAACAUAGUACUUGUUUUAUUUAUACGUUUGUGUCAUUUUAGGCAGUGUUACCCGGUCCAUUGUUCAGAAUCAAAAAGGCACCUCUCUUUUAGGCGCUCGGAGAUGAUGAUGUUGGAUACAUUACUAAAGUCUGUUUUUUAUCCAAUUGUUAUUUUUUUGAUUGUUUGCUUGUUUGUUUUCUUACCAAAACAUUAGGGCAAGAACCCAAUAGUGUACUUGCAUUGCCGUGGUAGUAUUUAUUUUAAAUUAAAUUAAAGAAUACAUUUCAGGGGUU